UCGCAUGAAAUUCACUCUCCGCAUUCUUGCCGUGUUGCAACACCCCAAUCUCGACCACUCCACGCGACCAGUAUCCUGAUGAUUUGAUGGGCUCGUCUAUGACUGGCAGUAGAGGCUACAGAUAGGUUUGGACCUUGCAUCAAAGCUAGGAGUCAUGACGACUGCAACGCAAACCCCUCCGAGCGCGACGGUGUACGUCAAGAAUCUCGAAGAGCGCAUCAAGGUCGAGCAGAUGAAGGCUGCCCUCACCGAGAUCUUCUCCGAGUACGGGAACAUCAUCGACCUGGUCGCCAAGUCGAACCUCAAAGCGAAAGGCCAGGCCUUUGUGGUCUUCGACGACCCGGACUCGGCGGCCAAGGCCAUCGAGGAGAUCAACGGAUUCGAGCUGUUCGACAAGCCCAUGCAGCUGGACUUUGCGCGCACGCGGUCCGACGCCACCGUGCUGAAAGAAGACGGCGAACAAGGGCUUGAGAAGUGGAAGAGGACCAGACUCGCCGAGAAGGAGAGGCGGCAAGCCCUGGAGGCGACGCAGCAGAAGGCGCUCAAGAGGCCCGCCGCGGCUGCGGCCGCUGAGCCUGCCGCGGCAGGAGGAGGGUUGACGGCGCGGCCUGCGAAGACGGCCAAGGGCGCCGGCCUCAAGGCUUCGGGCACCAAUGCCGCGGCCAUCAUUCCCGACGAAUACCUGCCUCCCAACAAGAUCCUGUUUUUGCGGGAUCUGCCAGAUAGCUACGACGCAGACGGUCUGAGCCGAAUAUUCAGCCGCUUUGAAGGGUUCAAGGAGGUCCGGAUGGUGCCCGGCCGGAAGGGUAUUGCGUUUGUGGAGUACGAGGCCGAGGCCGGCGCGAUCAGUGCAAAGGAGGCGACGGCGGGUAUGCAGCUGGGUGACGAAGGCAAGGGAAUCAGGGUCACGUAUCAACGAGCUUGAGGGACGGGUGUUGGAAGGGGGCAGGGAAAACGUUAUGAUAUGGUUCAGGCAACUGCGCUGCUGCCAGCUAUUGUACUUGAUACCCAUGCAUGGAUUGGCCGGCGUUGAGGAUAAAAGCAUACAACAUCCCACAGGGCCUUCUCACACCCUGUUGUCAAAUCAGAAAAUGACAUCCUCAUCCUCAUGCUCGCCCAGCACAUCCUGCGGCUGGGCACCAUCUUCCUG